UCUGGGAUAGAUCAUAGGAUCACAAACUGGAAAGAAGUCAUCUGGCUUCUAGAAAUAAACACAUUCAGUUCCUCUUCCACAACUUUGUUACCGAUAAGCUGCAACAGCCAUCUUAGGGAUAUUUAAUAGUUGCAGACACAGGAUUUUUAACUUUUUAGUAAUUUUUAGCCUGACUUUUUCACACUGAGGCAUCAGACAACUGCUAGAUUUAAUCAUGGACCAGCAAUAAUAUUUGGGACUGCCCUCCACACACAGACACACACACUAAAUUCACUUAUUAUUUCGAUGCAAAAUUUUAUGAAACAAUGAUAGCCCUGCAAUUCCAAUUUUUGUUAGUUCCAUUCCUCACAAGCACCAUGGGAGCAGCACAGUAUCUGAUGCAAGAUGCAGCACUGAUGAACUACUUAGAUCGGCGUUUCCUGUCUUUGGAGAAGAGGCUGGAAAAAUGCAACCAAGACAUACUAGAUUAUGUGGAAGAAUUCCGAGACUUUUCAAAGAUGGCGCUGUCACGCCUGGCGGGACUCAAUACUCACAAGGCUGAGGUUAAAAGUGAAGUAGAGAAUUUGCUAGCAAGAGUUGAACAAGCACAAAGGGACAUAGACUAUUUUGGAUCUGUCAGAGAUUCCAACACAUGUAUAGGAGUACAUGAAGACCUGGUGAAACAGCAGCUAUCUGAAGCAGCAGAAGAAAAAAAGAAACUUAAAUCCAUGCUUAAUGCAAGUUGUGACCAAAUGCUUGCAGGUAUUAAGUCCCUAAAAAUAGUUAAGAAGACUGAAGAUAAGCAUGGCUCUUGGAUGAAAGAUCCUGGCAAAAAGCAUGCAAAGAUUUAUUUAUUAAAUGGUUCUGUAAAUAAUGUUAUUUUGGAGUUUGCAAAUAUCAUGACAUUUAUGGAAAGUAAUCAUACACUAAAAGCUCGCAGAGUCCCCUUGCCAUUUCCCUGGGAAGGAACUGGCCACAUCAUAUAUCAGGGUUUCUUGUUCUAUCACAGAUAUGGCUCCUUAAAUGAGAUAAUUAAAUUCAAUAUCCAGAGAAGAAAUAUAACUGACCAAAUGCUACUGCCAGGGGCUGGAAGGAUUCCUGUCUAUCAGCUUUCUCCGUCUACAAAAAUAGAUCUUGCCAUUGAUGAGCAAGGGCUUUGGGCAAUUCAUGCAGAACCAGAGACUGAAGGGAACAUUGUAAUUACUAAAAUCAAUCACAAAACCAUGGCAGUAGAGCACACUUGGGACACAUCAUGCAAUAGCAAGGGUGCUGAAGCAGCUUUCAUGAUAUGCAACACACUCUAUGUUGUCUACAACUUUCCUAGUGGAGGGACCUCUCGCAUACGAUGUGUUUACGACAUUUUGGAGACAGUAAAUACUCAGGAAAUUCCAGUAUUACAUUUUCCAAAACUUCAAGGUAGUCAUUGCACUAUACAUUACAAUCCUAAAGAAAAGCAACUCUUUGCUUGGCGUGAUGGAUCCCAGAUCAUUUACAAGAUUCACACAAGACAAAAAGUUUAGAAAUUAAAGCAACUUUUCAAAUAUACUUAAAAGCUAGCAGUCUCGUGUCACCAUGUCUAUUAAAGUGUAUUAAAAUCACAUUAUUCCUACCUGUUAAAUAAAUUCAGGCUUACACACCCUAGUGAUCUUAAAUAUCCAGUUAAGAAUAUGCAAACACUCCAUUAAUAUGAAUGACAUGACAACUACAUAACCACAGAUAAACAACAGCCACAAAUGCUAG